AUGCCUAGCAAGAAGCCCGAGGAAGAGGAGGAGGAGGAGGAGGAGGAGGAGGAGGAGGAGGGGGUCAGACUGUUUGUCAGCGACGACGAGGGCUCUGGCACUGACGCAAACACCACCGCCGACGAAUCCGUCCUCGAGUCUGCCGACGAGCCCGUCAGCGAGGCCGAGUCCUUUACAAGCAGCAUCGACGCCAACGGCCGCGCCCUCAACCUCCAAGGCCGCCGUCGUGGCAAGGACGACCCCCACAGCAGCUGCACGGCGCGCGCUUACCUCCAGGACGGCCAGGACUACACUGGAAACAACGUCCGCCGCUGCAAGGCAGUCCGGCACAACCCGGCCUUUGCCACGUGGUGCUUCUGCAGCCGCCAGAAGAAGUGCAAGCCCGAGAUUAACUUCACGGACAAGAACGGCUUCGUCACGUGCCGGACCUGCCACGCCUGUCGAGCGCACUCCGAGACCCGCCGCAUUGGCGACAAGGCCGAGCGCAAGAAGGCGAAGGCGGCUAAGACCAAGGAGUGGAGGGACAAGGCCAGGGUUGGCCGUUUCUUCCAUUGCGGAAAGCCCGUUAACGAGACGCCCCGUCGGGGGCCCGAUUCGGACGACGAAGACCUCAACGGCAUGGACGGCUCGUCCGGUGGUGAGAUUGGCGGUACCCUGAUCGCUGGCCACUGA